UUUUGGCAUGUAAGAAUGGUAUUCUGUGCCAAGUCCUGAUGGACAUAGACUUAUGAAAAUUUAGGAAACCUUCUGUUGGAUAUAAUUUGUAAUUUUCAAGAAAUAAACGAAAGCCCUCUAGUGUCAGCUGUGACUAGUGCUUUGUUUUGCUUUCAUAUUGGUGCAUAUUCAUGUUGCUGUGUAGUAUUUUGACCCAUCUACUUCUUUCUUUUGUUUUUUUUUAAUGUAAGGCAUGUGUAUUUUGUUGUGUGUUUGCAAUUAGUAACUAGCUAGUUGGUCCGUGGUGCACAGUUUUUUUAUGACCAUCUUUGAAUGAAAUUCCUUGUGUAGGUUCAUAGGGGGAACUAGUGAAUUUUUACUGAUGUAAGGAUAGAUGAAUUACAACACCACGGACUAGUGUUUGUCCACCCUGUGUUGGUGGUACAAUUUGUUAUGGAGCAUCUCUUCUAUUUGUUUGUAUUUGCAAGUGGAAGAGGGCAUAGUAGAUUGCAGGGUGGGGGUGGGGGUGGGGGUCCAGCAUGAUUGAAAUGAGGCUAGGCGACCCUAACAGAAUCAAUGUAUUGCACUUGAUCAAUUCUUUUGUGUUGGAGAAUGGUUUACACUUGUACUUUUUUUUUUACAAUGAUCAGUUGUAAACUUUUACUUGUUAUAGUUAUUGGAUUCAUUUUAUAUUGGUUCACACUUAAAAUUAUGUCCGUACAUUUAUGACACAUUAAGUCUAAUUAUAUCCACAAUCAGAUAGAGAAACCCAUGAGCACUCACUCAAGAAUACAGACAUCGUGCAGGUUCAAUUGCAGACAUUUUUUUUUUUAAUGAUCUGAGUCAGUGAUCUGUAACAUCCAUUGCAUCCACACAUGCAUUGCAUUAUUGAACGAUUUAGUUCCUGUGAUAACAACUUGACUCCCAAAAUGCCAAAGGUCAGAAGAAUGCGAGCCUUGCCUGCUGAUCAGGCAAGGGCAUCUUGUUACCCUAAUAGCUCCAUGAACAUUGAGCAACAUAAAUCGGAAGAACAAUUGGGAUCAGCUGACGAUGUGAAAGAAUGGGAGGAGGCUAGGUGCCCAAUCUGUAUGGAACAUCCUCAUAAUGCUGUUCUUCUAAAGUGUUCCGCCCAUGAGAACGGUUGCCGUCCCUACAUGUGCAACACCAGUUAUCGGCACUCCAAUUGUCUUGAUCAGUUCUGUAAGUCAUUUGCUCCGCAUGCCUCCAUAACACUACUCCAAGAAAUUCCAUUCACAAACUCGGCCUUUCGCAGAGGGGAACAUGGGUUGGACCCUGGGCAAGCAAGACAGUUUGGGAACCAAUUGCAGCCAAAGCUUGUCUGCCCUCUUUGUCGGGGAGAGAUCUAUGGGUAUCAUAUUGUAGAGCCAGCUCGUAAAUUCAUGAAUUCCAGAGCAAGGAGUUGUUCUUCUGAGAUGUGUGAUUUUAGUGGGACCUAUUCAAAACUCAGGAAGCAUGCAAGGUCUGAACACCCAUCUAUCCGACCAUCAGAGGUGGACCCCAUGCGACAAAGUGAUUGGACAAGGUUGGAACGGGAAAGGGACUUGGAGGAUGUCCUUAGCUCACUUCAUCCAGAGUUUGUGGAAGAGAGCAGUGAAGAAAACACUCUAUCGGCAGAGUUCAGUGGGUGGAUGUCUUCCAUUUUGGAGGCCAUGUUUCGUACUCUUGGGCUCUCCCUCAUGGUUCAUCUCUCGGAUGUUUCAGGUGAUAGAGAACAGUUGCACAAUAGGAGAUCUGAGAGAACAUCGAGGGCAGAUUAUGAUAUGGAGGCCAGUCCCCUUGUUGGAAGGAGCACUGAUUUGUCCUCAGAGGGUAUGCCUAGGCAAACCACUCGAUGGGCUCAUGAUGAUGCUAGUGCUGCUACUAGGCGAGACAGCAAUUUGUCAUCAGUGCGUGUGCGACAAACGCCAGAGUGGUCAUCAGAGAAUACUUCCCGUUUCUGGUCAUCUCAGAGCAGGUCCUCUUUUACCUCAUCUGGUAGGCCCCGCUUCCGGCAAAUGCGUGGGCAUUCAUCUAGGAGUGUUCACAGUUUUACACGAUAUCCUAGGCGGUCAACAGAUAAUACAGCACCCCAUUCCCGACGGCUGCGAUGGAGGGAUGAAAGAUGGUCACCGUACAAUAGCCAGCGCUAGUUCAAUUCCUUUGUUUUUAGGUCACUCACUUUAGGUCAGGUCCCAAUUAGAAACAACAGCAGGAAGGUUCAAGUUUUGUAUACAGGUGAAUAAGGUCUAUUCUUAAAGCGUUAAUUGGGUUUGGUGAACAGAGAAUGAUGAUAUGACCCUUUUGUUGCGAGACAUUGAAGGGCUAAAUUCAAGCAUCUUUUGUUAUAAAUUUGGUCCGAGUGCCGGAUGAUUGAGUAGUACUCCACCUCAUUCUGAAAACCUUUUGCAAAAACAAAUUGUUGAUUUACAUUUUCUUA